UAUAUAUUCCAGUUUUGUUAGAACUACAAUUAUUGCGUGGCAUUUUUCUGAACAAGAAGGUAAAAUAUCUCUCAUCUUCUCGCUGCUCCAAAAUGCUGCCAAUAGCUGUUGCAUUUGUUUUGCUUCUCUCUCAACAACUGGACCAAACCGAUGCCUGUAACUGUGUGCCUUGGGUGGGACACACCGAUGACAUAUGCAUAGCUUCUGGUUAUGAAAACUGCACUACUGGGUACAAAAAUCACACGGCGUCGUCGCCAACUGAUUUGAUAAAUAAAUGUCGCGACAUUUCUCCCGAUGGCUCUGGCCAACCUCUCACUAUUGUCAGCUUAGAAGAGUAUAAAGCAUUGGAAAGAUACCUUCAAGGAAUUGGUUACGGCUACACAGAGACUUCUCCGCGUUUCAGUUGCUCUCAGAUGUAUUCUACUCUAGCCGUAGUCACUGCCUUGAAUAGUACACACUUGACAUGCACAUUUUCUACUACUCCUCCCGUUGUGUGGAUCUUGGACUUGACGACCCCAAAUGCGACAGAUAUUUUGGAGGAUAAUCCUGUUAUAGACGACGUUCUUGUGCUACACUUCAAAGCAAGCCCAGGCGAUGUGGUUGGAGUGGGUAACACCCAAAAAUUAAAGAUGAAGUUCCGGUCCCACUUUUCUGGCGAACACUUAACCAUCUGUUCUAUGCCUCAAGGGAGUUGUCCAAUGGGUCAGUGUAUAAUCAGAGGGGACCCCCACAUUAAACAAUUCGAUGGGAAUCAGUUCCUUUUCAGUGGGUUCUGCAGAUAUAUACUGUCAGAAACCAUGCCAGGAGCAGCCGAGGAAUUCAACAUAACCGGCACAUUUGUCUAUAAUAAGCCUGGCAGUACUAGGACCAUGAUCCAGGAGGUUUUGAUACAUGUGCGCAAUAUGACCAUUGAGAUGAGCACAGAUGGAACAGUAAAGGUGGACGAAGUUGUUGUUGUCGCAACAAUCGCACCACAAGACGUGGGACACGGUGUGAUGUUGUAUCUCGACCCAACAGACUUCCCGAGGACUGUCGUGGACUUGCGUGGUGUUUUGAAAGUUGAACUCACCACCCCUGUUGGCGCAUUAAAACGUAAAGGACAUAGAGCCAUCAUCAAUAUUCCAGAAACAUAUGGUGGCUAUCUGAAUGGGUUGUGUGGAAAUCUCAACGGCGAUGCCUCUGACGAUGAUAAUCCCUGUGAUGGAGGCCCACCUGCAGAUUGCUUUGUAGAUGACGACAGCUGCGCCUGAAACAGCCCCAUGAAAGAACACCAAGAACAAUGGAGGUUUACAGCCAAGAACUUAGAAAAUCUACUGGAAUUAUCAAGUUGGGUUUAAUUGUACUAUUUUAAUCAAUUGGAACUACAUGUUUUAGCAUAUGAAAUUAGGUAUCAUGCAUUCUUUUGUCUUAGAAUUGUCAGUGCUCUUUAUUUCAAGGACACUUAAAUACAUGGCCUGUAUUUUUUACUUUAAAAUGUCUGGAAUAACUAAUGAACUGUGGAUGUUAGAAUACUUAGUGCAAAGGCUAUCGCUGUAUUUUAAUUACGUAGGGAUCUUUUGAAGAACUUGUGAAGAACUUGACUAAUGCCCGACCCGUGGCUUCUAGGAAAUUGUUGUAUAUACCAUUACUGUAUUUUAAUUGUGCAGGUAAAAGGCACAUUGAUAUUCCAAAAGUGCUUAAAUUUCAUUAAUUUGGAACUGUGUGACAAAUCAGUGUGGGUAUCACACAUUUUUGUCAUUAACUUGUUUUUUUUUUCACCAAGGAUAUAAGGAAUAAUAUUGUAUAUUCACUACUAAAAGAAAAGAUAAAAGGAUUUUUAGCUAAUCCAAAGUAAACUAUUACCAAAGUUCUUUUGGAAAAUAAGUGGUAACUGGGGAUGUUAGAAUACUUGGUGCAAGGACUAUUUUAAUUGUAUUUUAAUUGGGUACUUUACAGAUACACUGACACAGAAAGGCUAUUGAAAAUUCAUUAGGAUUUUUUAUUCGUUGUAAAAAAUUCAUAUUAAUUAGGGGUUCUAUUUGCUUAAAUUUUGUGUUUUGGGACAUUUGAACUUCAGUAGCAAUCAAGGAAGAUAUACGUGUAAAAUUCAUAUUAAUUGGGGGCUCUUUUUACUUACAUUAAGCGUUUAGGGAUACAUCUAUGUACAUGUUAUAAUGUGGGAAGAUAUUCAAAUAUCAUGUUAAUUGGGGUAUUCUUUCAACUUCAAUUUUAAUCUGGGAAUUUAUUGUGAAAACAUGGAAAUAAA